AUGGCAGUACACAAAAGUCGUCCUGAAAAAGCUCAAAGAGUUGAAAUCAAUGAAAAGUUUGAUAUUCAAGCAUUAGAACGCGAUCCGGGAUUGAGACUACCAAUAUGGAAGUGCCCAAUUGCGAAGCGUGAUGAAGUUAGGAGAUCUUAUAUCAAGGCUGGCCCAUAUCAAUGUUUGCUUUCAAAGUAUCCAAAAUCGGGAGAAAAACAUCCUCGUAGUUUUCAGGCAUCUUGGUUUAAGUUAUUCCCUUCUUUGUUAGAAUAUUCUCCUAGUAAAGAUGCAGCAUUUUGUCUACCAUGUUAUUUGUUUCAUACUCAAGAUGGGCCUUCCGGAUUGGAUGCUUUUACUAUCAAUGGGUUUAGAUCAUGGAAGAAAGUUAGAGAUGGAAAAAAUUGCUCAUUUUUAGCACAUAUUGGGAAAGAUUUCACCUCCCCUCACCGAAAUGCCGAGAAAGCUUGUGCGGAUCUCAUGAACCAACAAUCACACAUUGCACAACAUAUUGAGAAAUUCACAUCUCAAGAAAUAGCAGAGAAUAGACUUCGCUUGAGAACUUCAAUUGAGGCAACAAGAUGGCAUGCAUUUCAAGGAUGUUCUUUUAGAGGUCAUGAUGAGUCAAUAACAUCAACGAACCGUGGAAACUUUUUAGAGCUAUUGAGUUUCAUUGCCUCUUUUAAUGAUGAAGUAACAAAAGUUCUUGAUAAAGCUCCACGAAAUGCAUCAUAUACAUCACCAACAAUACAAAAGCAAAUUUUGCAAGUGUUGGCAACUAAAGUAAAAAGUGCAAUCCGAGAAGAAAUUGGUGAUGCAAAAUUUUGUAUCAUUGUUGAUGAAGCUCGAGAUGAAUCAAAGAAGGAACAAAUGUCAAUUGUCUUGAGAUUUGUUGAUAGAGAUGACUUUAUACAAGAGCAUUUCUUUGGAGUUGUUCAUGUUAAGGACACUAGUGCAUCAACAUUGAAAGAGGACAUCUUUUCUAUCUUAUCUCGUCAUAAUCUUGAUGUUCAAAAUAUUUGGGGACAAGGUUAUGAUGGUGCAACUUCAUCAAAGGAAGUCAUCCCUGUCCAUCAGUUUUUCACUAAGUUAAACUCCAUUAUUAAUGUUGUUGGGGCUUCAUGUAAGCGCAAUGACCAAUUAAAAGCUGCUCAUGCCUCAAAUAUUUCUCAUUUGCUUAGUAUUGAUGAGCUAGAAAGUGGGAGGGGCCUUAACCAAAUUGGUUCUUUACAAAGGCCAGGUGAUACUCGCUGGAGUUCUCAUUUGAAAUCUAUAUCAAGUUUGAUGAGAAUGUUUAGUGCAACAUGUGAAGUUUUACUUAAUAUUAUUGAAAAUGGAACUACAUAUGCUCACCGUGGAGAUGCCGAUGCAGCUUAUGAGGUACUCACUUCUUUUGAAUUUGUAUUCAUUAUGCAUCUCAUGAAAAAAGUUUUGGAGAUUUCUAAUAUGCUUUGCCACAACUUCAAUCUCAAGAUAUAUUGA